UGGAAAGUAGUCUCUUCGGCCCAAUAACUGACCAAAUGUGCAACAAGGGGUGACGAGUAUCUUGAAAUUGCGGUAGAAAAGGUAAUUUGGUUAGAAUUGCUACAUCUACGUUGCAGUUGUUACAUUUUGCUUCAGCAAGGACCGUGAUAGCAAAUAAAUGAUACAUUAUUACCAUAAUGUAUAUUCCAUUACUUCCGCCUUGGUCAGCGUGAUUGUGGACCACGUGACUAAACAUCGUUUCAACAAAGCAAAUCCUUAUGAUGUCGGGGUGGCACCUGUCAUUGAAGCUGGUGGAUCAGCCCAAAUCCACCUUCCACUUCCCUGAGACUAUGCCUGGAGACGUGUCUCCCGGCGGGUACCGAGUCUCUACUCUGAAACAACUCGUUUCGGCACAGCUCCCGGAUUCCCUACCGGACCCCGAACUCAUAGAGCUGAUACACUGUGGUCGCAAGUUGAAGGAUGACCUGACUUUAGACUCCUGUGGGAUCCAGCCUGGAUCCACCCUGCACAUCCUCAAAAGGACCUGGCCUGAACCAGACAUCAAUCCAGAGCCAGUGAACAGGACGACUGCAGCCAGGGAGUUCCGUGUGCUGCAGGCAGCCCUCCACUCCAACUCCACCUACAGAGACUCGGUGUUUAAGAUGCUGACUAAUAAGGAGUCUCUAGAUCAGAUCAUUGUGGCCACGCCAGGGCUUAGAUCUGACCCGGUAGCGCUAGGAGUGCUCCAAGACAAAGAUCUAUUUGUGCAAUUCACAGACCCUAACAUGCUGGAUGUGUUGAUCAGUUCUCACCCAGCCCUGGUCAAUGCCAUCAUCCUGGUCCUCCACUCAGUGGCUGGCAGCAUGCCUGCUCAGUCCAGCGCCGGCUCCUCCAGCUCCUACAGUGACAUGCCAGGAGGGUUUAUGUUUGAGGGCAUGUCUGAUGACGAUGAAGAUUUCCAAUCGGGCAAUCAGGCAGGACCAUCCAACCGAACAGGGGGCCCAGCAGGAAUGCGGCCUGUGUCCCUUGGCCAUAGUGGAGCUACAGGCCCUCGACCCAUAACACAGAGUGAGCUGGCCACUGCCCUGGCCCUGGCCAGUACUCCUGAGAGCAGUGCUGUUACUCCCACUGCAGGGGCUCAGCAGGACACCUCAUCUGGAGUGCCUCCCACGCCAGCAGGGACUCCUGUCAGCAAUGACCUUUUCAGCCAGGCACUGCAGCAGGCUCUGCAGGCCUCCAGCAUGUCCUCUCUACAGGGGCGUUGGCAGUCCCAGCUGCAGCAGCUGAGAGACAUGGGGAUCCAGGAUGAGGAGCUGAUGUUACGGGCGCUGCAGGCUACAGAGGGGGACAUCCAGUCAGCUCUGGAGCUCAUCUUCGCUGGAGGGCCAGGACUCUGAGCCAAGCCAGGGCCCUGAGAGAGGAUGGUGCACAGACCCAAGCUGAUGGCUCUGGUCAUUCUGCCAUUGGGCUGUGAUAUGGACGCUUAUAUGGACACAAUGCUUCAGACAUGAAGACCUCAUAUUACUACUCCUCUACCCUUUCAUACACAGCCUAAAUGGAACAACCUUUAAAUGAGUCAGUCAGAUUCAGGGGUAGAUGAGGUACAUGUUUAUCUUUAUUACAAGUCAAAAACAAAAAUAAUACAUGUUUUGCCAGCCAUUUAAAGGAAGUUUGUUGCUAGCCCCGGAAGGCUUUAAACUCAUCGCUGUGUGAAUAUAUACAUAAUGAAAGAGGGCUGUGUUCUACCAGAAAUCUUCAUUUUGUUUCAGACACUAGCAUUGACUCAGAUCUGCUAUAAAAUAUGCCUUGGAAGAAAGCACUGUUGAGAUUUCCCCUAGAGUCUAAUUGUGAUUCAUACAGUUGUACACUAGGUGGCAAUGUCUAACCUCUUACCAUAGUUCCUUUGCAAUUCCAUUCAAUAGAGAAAUCAGGAGUAGAAAUUUGACAAAUAUGGCUAGCUGAUGUUUGAACUGAUUCUGAAACUGGUUCAGUUGGGCUGCCAGAUCAAUAAACACAUACAUAAUGUAAUAGUUGUUUGAGAGUAAAUGUAAAUACCAGUAUUAGACUAUUUUUGUGGUUUGAUAAAAAUAUACGCUCAUCCAACAUGUAUGAGAUUUAUUACAUUUUUACUCUUUUAACAGCUGACAUUAUGCAAACAUUGUACUGCAGAAUGAUAACCUUGUAUCCAUUCUAAGUACCAUCCAUUCAGAUGUUAUUGUGUCUGAGCUGAACACGGUCGCUACGAGCAAAUGGUUUUUCUCAUUAUUCAAAUGACUUGCUCUUUAAACAACCAGACCCAU